CUUUGCCGCUCAGUGAAUCGUCGCUACUAAGCGAAGAUCUGCGCAGCGAAUCUACUCAGUCACGGUCAUCCAGCGCCGUCCUGUCCACUGCAUCUGGGAUCUGACGUGACUCCCAAGGCAAGACUUUUCAAUACACCAAGUCACCAAUACCAUCACUGUCUACGCUGGAACGAUGCUUCCAACACGGACGCAGUCCCUGCUUCUAUUCAUUGCUGCUGUUGGGAUUGUCUCUUGGACUCUCAUUUGCUUAGAUUCACCGCAUCUGAGCUUCCCCAAAGACGAGGGACCAAUUGCUUGGACGCGGUGCAAAGAGAAUGCGGCCUUCUUUUGUGGAUACCUGGAGUGCGUGCUCGACCGUGCAACUGUAAAGAUCGAUAAACUGUUCAGCAGAGUUCCGACUGACUAUGAGAAUCGCGAGGCUGGAAGCCACAUUCUCGCCGUGACAAAGUACCCGACCUCCUGCCCGCCUUCCGAAAGACUGGGUAUUGUCAUGACCAAUUACGGUGGCCCGGGGGUCUCAGGGAGAGCUUCUUCCUUCCAAUUGGGACCCAUGCUUCAAGAGCUGACUGGAAACCGUUAUGAUAUCAUCUCGUUUGAUCAGCGAGGACACGGCCACUCUCUCCCUAAACUGAACUGUUUUGGCUCAGCUUUGGGCUAUGAGACGUUCAAAGCCAACACUGUUCUUGAGACGACCUUCCUCAUCCCCGAGGACCCUUUCUCUUCAGAGGGUCGUGCGAUAUUGAUUGAGCAGCAGAGAGCCGCUCUUGCUCUGGAGCGGACCCAAGGGCUCAUGUGCGAAAACGCCAUCGGUGGAGAAGCACUGGGAUUCAUGAGUACGACGACAACCGUGUACGACAUGGAAGAAAUAUCCCGGAUACUGGAGGGAGAGAACGCCUUGAUCAACUUUGCAAGUGUCUUACACUUCGAACCUGCUGUGACUGACUCAGAGUCGAAUAGUGGGGAGGUUCUUACGGGUCUAUCGUCGGAGCCUACCUCGCAAACAUGCUCCCUCACAAAACGGGCAAGGUUCUCAUUGACGGUGUUGUACCUGCCGACAUGCACGUGGGCGAACGACCAUUAUGAAUCGCAAACUCUUUUGCGUGUCUUACUAGGGGACUCCGAGAAAACAUAUCAGUAUUUUCUCUCCGAGUGUUUUGUUGCAGGACCGCAGCGUUGUUCGUUGGUAUUGUCCGCAGAUGCAGGACCAAGCGACAUCGGGGACCGCAUCGACCGAUUCUUAGACCGUUUGCAAGAAGAUCCCAUGCCAGUGGUCAACUACGAUCGCGUGCUUUCCUUGACCUCAGGCCAUAUUCGAAGUUCGCUCUUCACAGCACUCCAAAUACCCCGCCUAUGGGGUCUGUAUGCGGAAAUGCUCGCGAGUGCCAUGUACGAUUCCGAUGCUUCUCAGUUGCUACUCCUCGUAGCUCCUCCGUACUCUCCUCCGAGUCCUGAGCCGGACCAGGAAGGAUACAUCGAAACAGGUCAAGGCGAUUUGUGGCGAUUGAUUUUGUCAUGUGGAGACGCGUUGCCCUAUCCAGGAGGAAACAAAACCUGGCCUACAGCAGAAGAGAUUGUCGACAACGUCCUCGUGACGAUGGAAACUUGGCCUCGGUUCGGCGGCACAGUCCAUCUCAUGGAACAGCACGGAGGUUGUCAGUACUGGGCAGGGACUGGUGUAGGCCCUGCACGCUACAGGUCAAUGCUUGCAUCAUUUCCCAUUUUUGACUCGACUGGCACCAUCCAGAAAACCUUGACGACACCCGCACUGUUGCUCGCCAAUACGCACGAUCCAAUCACUCCAUACUCAAGUGCGAAGAUCGUGCAGAACACGAUGGGAGCUUCGAGCCGUCUUGUACUUCAAGACGUGCCGGGACAUUCUUAUCUCGCACCAACAACCCAAUGCGCGAUCCGGCUUAUUAGCGAGUACUUCGCGAACGGUGUGGUUCCAGAAGAUGCAGAAACGUUCUGCUCUCGUGAGAUCGACAAUUAUUUCGAAUCUCUCACAGACAUGAGCGACGCUCAGAUGAUAUUAAGACGCAUUUAG